CUGCUAUAUAAGAAUCCUUUUUGAAUCACGCAAAUGGCUGUGUAAAAAGGAGAUAAAUUGAGGAUAAUCCCAUUGUUUGAGGAGAACAGUUGAUCCACAGAUUGUAUAGACAUAUCUGACUGCAGACACAACUCUCUAAUGCAGUGUUUUCCAAGCACUGUUCUAAUGCAUAAUUCUUAGUAGUGACGGUUGACAUACAUCUGCCCUUUGGGAGGCAAGGGUUUGGCUUAUUAGUCACUCUCAGGGUUUUUUCCCCACCAGUGGACUGAAGUUCUUGUGCUGCCAAAAACCAAAUUGUAUUGCUCUUAUUCCCUCCCUCGUGUCUCCAUUUAGGCCCUGCCAUUUCAGAGACACACCCAUCAGCUGGCUCUCCACUGCUCAGUUUCCUUCUCAGGAAAUGUUUGCCCUUCUGUGUUUCCGGCAACUGCAGAGCAUGUCCAUUAUAGAGUCACUGUGCAGUGGAGGAGAGGAUGUACUGGAGAUACAUCAUAUUUUGCUUGGGUGGCUAGGGUGUUUCUGGGGGACUGUCAGGAGCGCCCAAGAAAAUGUCAGCUGACAGCUUGUCAACCAAAGCCCUAAAGAUCAAACGGGAGAUGGGUGAGAACACACCACACCUUUCAGACGAGGAGCUUAUGGGAUUGUCAGUGCGGGAACUUAACCACCAUCUGAGAGGCCUGUCCAAAGAAGAGGUAGCAAGAUUGAAGCAACGUCGGCGCACUCUGAAGAAUCGUGGCUAUGCGGCCAGCUGCCGAGUAAAGAGAGUGUGUCAGAAGGAGGAGCUGCAGAAGCAAAAGACAGAGUUAGAAAGGGAAGUUGAUAAGCUAGCGCGGGAGAAUGCUGCCAUGCGCCUUGAGCUGGACGCCCUGCGUGGCAAGUAUGAAGCGCUGCAGGGCUUUGCCCGUACAGUCACUGCUCAUGGCACUGCUGCAAAGGUGGCAACUGCCAGCGUUAUCACCAUUGUCAAAUCUGGUUCCAACCAGGCCACCUACUCCUAGUGCCUACAAGCUGAGCCAUGAACUAAGUCCUGUUGCCAUGCCUCUGCACAGCUCUUACCUAAAGCAGCUGUAGCUGCACUGGCUCUUUCCUUCUCCCACUUUUGUUCUACCCACUGGAGGAGACACAGUUGACUUGAAGACCAAAUGGCUAAAUGUUGAACUUUGUCCUUAGUCCUUGCCUUCAUUGAGAUUGUGGGAAAGUGGUGCCCAACUUGUGUAAUUUUAGCUGUCAGUUACUUGUGAAUUGGAUUACAGUGGCCAGUUAUUUUUCUUUUCCAUUUUAUAUUUGUUAGGUUUUCUUCUCUGCUGCUUCAUACCUUACAACUGAUUAAAUGUAAAACAGAGAGAUUUGAAGAUGAGAUACCUUAGUUGGAAAUGCUGCUUCAGAGAAGUUUUGACAGCAAUUAUAGAGAAAGGUAGAUAGCUUCUAUCUGAUGGGGAAAAGGGGGGAUGCCAAGAUUGAAGUCUCCUUUUAAUGUCUAAAACAUAGUGAUUAUAAUAAUCCAGAAGUUAUCAGAGGAUAUCAAUUUCCCAGUUUCUUGGUUCGUUGUUCAGACACAAGUCUAGGUAUUCAUGUAUAACUCUGUCUGCUUUUUGUUGUAAACCAUAGUUCCCAGUUAACCUACUGUUUAAUUCAGAGCCACUUGAUUGCUUCAGCAUGAAAUUGUUAUUUUACAAGAAUCAGUCUGAGCCUUUGAUGAAUAGACAUUUUAAAAUAGUCAAGAAAAGUGUUAUUGCUUGGUGACUGCAAAGAUGAUAGAAAAACGGAUCAGAAAGGGACGUGUCAAGAAAAGAGCUAGUUGCUGCUAACCACACUAGGAAGAAAUAAUGGAAUUAUGCCCAUUGCAGUGAUUGGAGAAACAAUCUUUCUGCAACUGUGUGUGGAUGCAGCUGUACUCCAAAUACUGUUUUGAUUGUAAAAGUGCUCUUUUGCUGAGGUUAUAAGAUUUAUGGACAAAAUAGAAGCAGUUUUCUAAAGACAGAGAGAGAGAGAGAGAAGGAAAUAGGAAAAGUAAAGAGGGAGUGUAUUAAAUGAGGCAGGAGUGGAUAAAGCAAGUGAGACUGAUGGAUAGUGAAGGGGCAUCAGAAUUGCAAGUGAAGUUCUAGAGAAGACACUGAGGUCUAAAACAAUUAGUUCCACGAGGGGUACAAAUAGCAACAAACAGAAUGUAAUGAAGAGAACCUUUUGUAUUUUCUUUCUGUUUUUGCAUUGGCAAAAGACUAGAAAUAGAAACUCAGGAAAGAAAUAUACACAACUAUUACAGAGAUUAAGACAUUUUAUGUUCAAGAGAAGCUAUAUGAAGGUUGGCCCACCCCAAGAAGCAGUACAGGCAAUUGGGUGUGGGAUUCUAAGGGGUUCAGAAUCAGUCCUAAACAUAGCGAUGGGAUGUAACCUAGCAUAGCUCUUCCAGUUUCUUUUUUCUCCUCAAAAACAAGUUGAGAAAGAUCCAAUCACUUACAUAGAAGAAGGAAAAGAGGCUUCAGUUGGAAAUACAUUGGUGAGGAAUAUAGUUCCUCUGUGCUGUUUUGUGGCCUAUUUUUUUGCCUCAUUCAGCUGUGUAAAAUGCAAGAUGCAUUUCUAUUUAGGAAAGUGUAGUAGAUGAAAUUCAAAAUGUUUUUCUUCUUUAUAUCUGAAGGAUGCAUUUUCACAAGAGCAGCAAAAUAGUUUAAAUCAUAGCCAAAAAUAACUUCUGUCAUGAAAAUAAAACUUAGUUUGGUCUAAGCUAGCACAAUGGCAGACUUAGGUUCUCCUGGGUGCCAUUGUGUUUGUCCCUUGUUCUUUUAAGAUAAUAUUCUCAUAUGCACUUAGUAGUAUUUACUGUAAAAACCACACUGUUCAAUUUUUAAAAAUGUUUACAAUCACAAUCUUGCCCCUUUCAUUGUAGUAACUUUUAUACCGUCCAGUGGUUUUCCAGAUGUAUUCUGCCAUGUUGGCUGGAAAUGUGAAUUGUAGAGAACACAAAUUGUAGAGAAUUGUAGAGAGAAAAAACUGAUACCAUUCAAAGCCUAACUUAGUAAACACAAACUUAAACAGUGUAUUGUUUCCCUUUCUCUGCCAUGCUGUCAUGAAUCCCAUAUGCCAUUUAAACCAAGCUGCCUGCAUGUACACACAGAAUAUUACUAGCACUGGACUUGUAGAAUCAGCUAUUGAUAUACUUCCUAUCUGUAUGCCUUUUUGGCCAAGCAGUUUUAGCCCAUUGCCUUCUCAUUUUAAAGUGGGUAUGAAGUUUUAUGCCAAGCAUGGAUGAUAUGAGAAUAGCUCAUCUGUACCAAGAGACACUGGCAGCUCCAUUGCUUAAGAAACUGGGAAGUUUAUACACCUGGGAGACAUGGAUACAGUAAUUCUGUAGAAAGCAUGGAGAAGGGUUAGAUUAGAAGACUUAGGAAAGUACCUUCUUCCAUUAAAUAUAUGUUGCUAACAUAAGAACCAGUGAGUAUUUGUGGGUAAUCAUUUCCAGGCAUGUGCCAGUGACUUAUUUAAGUGGCAAAUAUGAUCCAUUUUUU